CAAGCAGGCAAAAACAUGGCGUCAACUGAUCCAUCGAAAUCAUUGUUUACUACGCAAACGGAAAAACCGAACCAUUAUACCUACCUAAAGGAAUUUCGCGUCGAGCAGUGCCCCUCGUUUCUGCAGCACAAAUGCAACCAGCAUCGGCCGUUCGUGUGCUUCAAUUGGCACUUUAUGAAUCAGCGGCGGCGUCGACCGGUACGCCGACGGGACGGUUCCUUCAACUACAGUGCGGACAAUUACUGUCCCAAGUAUGACGAAACGACCGGCAUCUGCCCGGACGGGGACGACUGCCCAUUCCUUCACCGUACAGCGGGCGAUACCGAACGGCGGUAUCAUCUGCGCUACUACAAAACAUGCAUGUGCGUACAUGAUACCGAUGCGCGCGGUUACUGCGUAAAGAAUGGGCACCAUUGCGCAUUUGCACACGGCAUCCAUGACCAGAGGCCACCGGUGUACGAUAUUAAGGAGCUGGAAGCGCUCCAGAACGUGGAGGAUCCGGGCGAAGGGCUGAACGGACCGAACGUGCUCGACAAGGAGCGCAAUCUGAUGAACGAGGACCCAAAAUGGCAGGAUACGAACUAUGUGCUGGCGCACUACAAGACGGAACCGUGCAAGCGUCCGCCGCGUCUAUGCCGCCAGGGGUACGCCUGUCCGCAGUUUCACAACAGCAAGGACAAACGGCGCAGUCCGAGAAAGUUCAAGUAUCGAUCAACACCGUGCCCGAACGUGAAGCAUGGUGAGGAGUGGGGCGAACCGGCAAACUGUGAGGCCGGCGAUAACUGUCAGUACUGUCAUACGCGCACCGAGCAGCAAUUUCAUCCGGAAAUCUACAAAUCGACCAAGUGUAACGAUGUUCAGCAGGCAGGCUACUGUCCCCGUUCGGUGUUCUGUGCGUUCGCGCACGUUGAGCCCUACAUCGUUAUGGAGGAAGAUUCGCAAACAAUUGCACUCUCGGACAUGCGCUCGUCCGUACUUUCGUCGUCUGAUGGUGGUGCCGGUGGUGGUGGUCCAGGUGGUGGGGGCGGUGGCAAUGGUGCUGGUGGUGGUGGAAAUGGUGGCAAUGUACCCGGUGGCGGUGGUGGUGUUAUUGCACCCGGCGUUCUUGGUGGAAAUGGUGGCGGUGUUCCUGGAGGACCGCUAGUGUCGGCUGUAGUCGGUUCGGGCAGUAAAAAGGAUGCCCACGAUUUAACGAAUUUUUCCUACUUCCAGCUACUGCCGAAUGGCAGUGCCGAGAGCAGCGAAUCGGCCAGCACUAGCAGCCUCGGCUCGAACAACAGCUCGCACAACAAAGCGCCUGGAUCGCAUCUGCAGCAACAGAAGCACAAUGCGACGCUGAUCGGUAACGGGCACAACGCGGCCAACCCACUCAGCGGGUUGGGUUUACUGAGCAAUGGUGGACCGACCGGCGUCAACAGUGGUAGCGCUAACACUGGCUCAAUACUGUCGAGCCUUGACUUUAGUCAGGAUUUACCGAAACAGAUGGUUUCGAUGGACCACGAGCUGUCAAUACAUCCGCUAGAACGCGAACAUCAGAAGCGCGUUGCGUGCUUGACUUUCAACAUGUUCGGUGUAGAAUCGCCACUCGAUGGUGGAAUGUACGAUCUAGCCAGAAGGCAAGACAAUAUGCACGGGCUUGAGAAUUCGAUGUCCGGUUUGAUGUCCUCGGGUCUGUUACCGAGCAGUUCGGCACCCGUCAACAUUCCAGGCUCAUCGAUGGGUAACUCAAUUUCUGGCAUUCUGCAAGGCACAUCCGCACCGGUAAACAUUCCUGGCAGCUCACUCGGUCACAACUUUAGUCCGUCGUCCCAUUCGAACCUGUUCGGUUUGCACGAUCCCUUCGGGGCGCAUCACAUAGGGAGCGGUUCGGCACCGAAGCUCAGCAACAAUUCGUACGGCCACAACCAUACCGACAAUUUCUUCUUCCACUCGAACAACAUCAUCUCGCCCGUGCUCGGUGACGGGCUAUCUGCUAGCCCUGAAAUAAGAAGAAUGUCCGAUCUGAAUCCGCUCAGCAGUGAGCUAAGCAGUAACACAACGAAUUUGCUGUUUGCCGAUAAUCAACAUCACCAGGCACAGCAGCAGGCCCAGCAGCAGGCGCAACAACCACAGCAGCAACAGCAGCAACAGCAUCAUUUACACCACCAGGCGCAACAAUCGCAACAGCCUCCCUCACAACAGCAGCAGCAACAGCAACAACAGCAGCAAGUUCAAAAACAGCAACAAGUUCCACAGCAGCAGCAACAGCAGCAACAGGUGAUCAAUUGGGAAGAGCGCGUCCUACAGGCAACGACCGCUUGCGAAGCAUGGAAAGCACAAAUGGAGGAAAGUAAUCGCAAGACGGCUAUUGCGGAGCAGCAACGCGAUGAAGCACUAUCGCACGUGAAAGCACUGACGGAAAAGCUGGAACAGAUGAAAAUAUCCGGCAAUGGAUGCCCAACGAACUAUCGUUCGUGCGAUCUGCGCGGUAUGCCGCUGGCCAAAUUGAAAAGCAUUCAGGCGAAACUGCGGGAGGAAAUUGAAGAGGUGGAAAUAGUAUUAUACCAAGAGACGGCCAACAAGUGUAUGAAAUGUGAGGAAAAGAAUCGCUCGGUAACGCUCGUACCGUGCAAUCACUAUGUCGUCUGUGAUACGUGCGCCACAACACAGCGCGAGUGUCCUUACUGUCAGACGCCGGUAACGCCAAAGGCGUAA